AUGUGGAUCUCAAUCCAACACACACAUCAGGUGGAGAUCGCGAACGGCGCCAUGCUCACUCUGUCCACCAAUAACGAGUACUUCUCAGAGGGCACCAGCAACUGUGUGUACGUCGACUACGAAGGACUGCCGCGUGUAGUGCGAGUGGGGAGCUUGAUAUACAUUGACGAUGGACUGCUCAAGUUUGUUGUAGCAGAGAUUGGAGAUGACUAUGUCAUCGCUAAGGCCGAAAACGGAGGGUGGCUGGGGCCACGCAAGUGCAUCAACAUCCCUGACGCAGAUGUCGAUCUACCCCCGUUGUCUAAGCGCGAUGUGG